GGGUUUAGCGGCUAGCAACGGGCUGGGAAACCUAGCAGGGAGGGUGUCAGUGGCUGCCUGAGGGGAAUCCUGUGCGGGCGAGGAAAUGCAUCAUUUUGAGGAGGAACUAACUUGUUCCAUUUGCUAUAGUAUAUUUGAAGACCCACGUGUACUACCAUGUUCUCACACAUUUUGUAGAAAUUGUCUGGAAAGCGUUCUUCAGCUAUCAAGCAACUUUUCCAUAUGGAGACCACUAAGACUUCCACUGAAGUGUCCCAAUUGUAGAAGCAUUGUUGAAAUUCCUCCAUCUGGUACUGAGUCAUUACCUAUCAAUUUUGCAUUAAAGGCUAUCAUUGAAAAAUAUCAGCAAGAAGACCACCCAGAUGUUGCAACAUGUAGUGAACAUUAUAGGCAGCCAUUAAAUGUCUAUUGUCUUUUGGAUAGAAAAUUAGUGUGUGGCCAUUGUCUUACAAUAGGUAAACAUCAUGGUCAUCCCAUAGAUGACCUUCAGAGUGCCUACAUGAAAGAAAAGGAGACUCCUAGGAAACUUCUUGAGCAAUUAACUGAUGAACAUUGGACUAAUGUAUGUUUGCUCAUUGAAAAGUUGGAAGAACAGAAAUCUCAUUAUGAAAACAUUGUUCAAGAUGAUAAGAAAGCUGUAGUGCAAUAUUUUAAGAAACUUAAUGACACACUGGAGCAUAAAAAGCAAGCUUUGCUAGCCGCUUUGGAUGAAGUUAAUGCUCACAUUUCUGAAGAAUAUGCACCACUCGUUGAAAACAUGAAAAGAAUCAGAGAAGAACAGCUUGAUUUAAUGUCAUUGAACACAUCUGUUCAAGAAGAGGAGUCUCCACUUCUUUUCCUUGAGAAGGUUGAUGUUGUGCGCCAACGCGUAAAAGCUUUGAAACAAAAGCAACUACCAGAUAUCAAACCUGUUGAAGUUUAUCCACGAAUAGGACAGCUAUUGAAGGAUGUGUGGUCCAAAACUGAAAUUGGUCAGAUUAACAAGAUCCUCACUCCAAAAAUAAAGCUGAUUUCAAAAGGGAAUUUAUGCCCCAAAGGCACUGAGAAGGAAAGAGGACAGUCUAAGGAAUUGCUCCAGUCUAUAAAACCUCUAACAGUGAUGCUAAUUUCUGUGAUGAUAGUGAUAAUUGUGAUUUCAUUUAGUAAACCUGUAUUGUCAGUUGUAAAUGAAGUAACUUUGAUCUAUAUUUCAGACAUCUUGCAGUUUGUUUAUCAAGAUCUAUGCAAUAACUUGCAGGCAGUAAUGGAAAUGCUAUGCCAUACAUCUAAUUUCCUGAUGGAAUUCAUGGGGAGAAUUGUUUCUUUUUCUUUCUGAGUGUUUGAAAUACUGAGAUUAGCAGUUAGGAUAAUUGUAAGAAUCCUCAUUAUGUUUGAACUAUUGUACAAGGCUCUUUUUUUUUUACUUUCUAUGUAAAUGCUAUUGAAAUAAUAGAUCCUUUACAAAAAAUUUAAA